AUGCCACGCAUCUCGCCAUUUCGCGCACUCGUGCGCCUCCCCUCGGUCGCUCCCACCACACGCACACUCGCAGCACCCAUCUGCACGCCUUCCCUGCGCGCAAACACUACCACACACUCUCCACUGCUCUCGAGACUCGCGCCACGAACUUCACCCUCACCAUUCUCAGCACCGAGCGUACUUGCGCUGGUAGCGGCACCAGCACCCGUGGCGACGUUGGGACAGAUGAGGACAGUGACGUACGGAUCCGAGUACCAGCCCUCGCAGCGCAUCCGUAAGCGCCGACACGGUUUUUUGGCGCGGAACAAGACCAGGAACGGCAGGAAGACGCUCAUGCGCAGGAAGUUCCGCGGCAAAGCCAAACUCAGCCAUUAA